AGACAAAUUCAUUCACCUUACGAGAGAAACAAACCCUUUAAAAAAACGGCGUUGAAAUUUUCGAGACAGAGUCGUAAUCAAACCGGCACCAUCACGUUCCCACUCCGAUGUCAGAAUCGCAGUUUUCUUGUCAUUCAUCUUCUCGUAAUUUCUAGUUCAAGAGACAGAGAACCUAGUUAGUUACUCUGCAUCUGCGCAUCACCAUGGAGGCUCAACCAACUAGCAUUGCUUCCUUGAAGAAGAAAAGAAAACAGCAAGAUUCACAGCCGGAGAAGCAUCUAGCAAAGCAUGUUUGUCGAGAGAAGGUAGAAGGCGAUGAACCUGCUAAAGGUUGCGAAUCAGAGCCAGAAUCCACAAACAGCAACAGCUUCCAUAGCAACUGUGAAGACUCGUUCAUGUGCAGCGAUGAUGAAACUGAUGGAGGGUUUCAAGAAACUUGCACGUCUGAUGAGCCCACUACCUCAUCUGCUAGUUGGGCUGGUACCUCUUCCGGUGACAGCCCCUAUUCCUCGGAGAAUAUAAGCACCAGUGAGCCAGAGUCCUUGUCCAUGAACGAGGAUCAACAUGAUCAGCACGAUGUGGGAUUCAGAUGGGAAGGCCACGCUGAGAUCGAGCUGUACACGGAUAAGGAGCUAGAGGAUCUGCUCUACUCGAACGGGGCAGCCCCCGGUGGUACCUUUAUUCUUUCAUCCGGAAGGUGGUCUGUCGAUCAAGUAUGUUGUUGUUCAGGUGCAAGAGCUAUGCAAGAGGAGGGUAAGAAAAAGCUGACAAUUGAUAAUGAGUUUGAACAAUUUUUUUCUAUGCUUAUGCUUUAGCAAAAAAUUUAGUUAGGAUCUUUCAAUCAUGAAUUAGGAAUAGUAUUUGAAUAAUUUCUGUAUACAUUUGAGAUUAUCAACUAAGAUUGUUUAUAUGUA